CGCGCUGAGCCCCGGCCAUGUCCCGCAAGAAGAGCCCGCGCGCCAAGGGCGCCUCUGCCUCCUCCUCCUCCGCCGCCGCCUCCUCCUCGGCGCCCUCGGCCGCCCUGCCCGCCGCCCAGCCGCCGCAGCGCCAGGCCGCCGGGCACGCAGGGGCCGAAGCCGCCGCCGCCGCCAACGGGGUGGCGCCGCCCGGCAGACCCUCGCUGAGCAGCAGCGGCGAGUUCUACGACGUGGCCUUCAAGGUUAUGCUGGUUGGUGAUUCUGGGGUCGGCAAGACAUGCUUGCUGGUGCGGUUCAAGGACGGUGCUUUCCUGGCUGGGAGCUUCAUAUCCACUGUGGGGAUUGACUUCAGGAAUAAAGUCUUGAAUGUGGAUGGUGUGAAGGUAAAGCUACAGAUCUGGGACACAGCAGGCCAGGAAAGGUUUCGAAGCGUCACGCAUGCAUACUAUCGAGAUGCCCACGCUUUACUGCUCCUAUAUGAUGUCACGAACAGAGCAUCUUUUGACAACAUGCAGGCUUGGCUAACAGAAAUUCAAGAGUAUGCAAAGCAGGAUGUGGUCCUUAUGCUGCUGGGGAACAAGGUGGACUCGACACAGGAGCGAGUGGUAAAGCGAGAAGAUGGGGAGAAGUUAGCCAAGGAAUACGGAGUGCCCUUCAUGGAGACCAGUGCCAAAAGUGGCUUGAAUGUGGACUUGGCAUUCACGGCCAUUGCCAAGGAGCUGAAGCACAGAGCGAUGAAACUUCCCAAUGAGCCCCGGUUUAAACUGCAUGACUAUGUCAAGAAGGAAGUGAAAGGUGCCGGCUGCUGCAGGUCAUAAGCGCAAACACUUUCCUAUGUGCAUUGCCAUUGGAGGGAGGUGUGUAUCCCUUGUACAGAGACUCACAACAAGCCUCCUGUAUAUCAUGCUGGAUCCAUCUGUGUGCCACCCACCUCCCUCCCUGCCUCUCCACUGCGGAAUUCCGCAUCUCUUCUGUAUCUCCAUACAUUUCCCCCAGUUAAUGGGAUAGCAGGAAGCUUGAAGGAGCAGGCAGGAGUCAGCAUUUUCUUUCCGGGGCGGGGUGGGGGGCAGCUCUGGCAAAAUGGCUCAAACGUUAACUGAUUGGGGUUGGAGGAUAUUAAGAUGAACCGCAAGUAAGCCACCGGCUGGACCCAGCAGCAGGUGGGGAAGGAAACAUCAUGGCCAGCACCUGCAAGGGAUGUGUUCUGCACGAGCGUAACAUGAAAGGGAGUCGUGUGAGCACACAUGGGCUCAUGCACAUCCCAUUAGUGUCUGUGGUAUUUGUGCAGUACACGUUGCCGAUACGACUGUUCCUCCUCCUCGUUCCUUCUGCAGUGUAGUGGGUUGCUUUCUGGAUGUGACCCGUGCAGGAUCCUCAUCCCUUCAGGCCUCGAUCCCCACUUUCUGUAGGUUUGGGUCAGAGGGCUUCGGUUGCUCCAUACCCUAACCUGGCAGCUCUGCCCUUUUGGGGCUUUUUAUUUUUGGUGUAGUGGUUAAGAGCGCGGGACUGUAAUCUGAAGAGCUGGGUUUGAUUCCCCACUCCUCCACUUGAAGCCAGCUGGGUGACCUUGGGCUAGUCAUGGCUCUCUCAGAGCUCUCUCAGCCCCACCCACCUCACAGGGUGGUUAUUGUUGUGGGGAUAAUAAUGACAUACUUUGUAAACUGCGCUGAGUGGGCAUUAAGUUGUCCUGAAGGGCAGUAUAUAAAUCAAAUAUUAUUAUAUUAUUUUUCUCAAAGAGCAGCGUGGGCCAGUACACUUAGCUAAGCGUAAUGUGGUAUGUGUCCUGUGCUGACUUCUUUUACUCGCACAAGUUUACUAUCAUCUGAGCUGGGCUGGGGAGGCCACUGCUGUUUUCCACAACGUUUUUGCUAGCCCUCCUCUAUUUGGAGAAGAAAACAUUCAGUCUCUUUCCCUUCAUUGCUUUUUUUACUCCUGGAAUUUCUAUUGCUUCAUCCCAGAGUGUAAAUGCUUUGUGUGUUUUUGUGGUGUGUGUGGUGUUUUUUUUUUGUAGAAAGGGGUGCAAUACAAAUAGUUUUUUAUACACUGGAAAUUACUGUACUUCUUUUGAACCUGUUUCUCCCAGUCGGUUCUUUGUUGUGAUUCCUGCAGUUGCUCUUGGAGGCAUGGCAAGCGGCACAGCUGCAAACGUCACACUAAGGAAGUUGGCAGCAGUGGUGUUUGCUUGCGGUGUGGUCCAGAUCCUCACAUGCAGCAGAGUGUAGUAGAGAACUGACUGCAGGGAGGAGUCGCACCCUGGGAACAAAAGUGGCACUGCGGGGGGGGGGGAGGCAGGGCUUAGACCCUUCCCUCUUGAGGCACUGGUUUCCUUUGAGGGGAGAACGAAGAAACUAGCACUUUUGGCCAGAGGACUAAAGGAUAAUCUUGAAGCUGGCUUUUGGGAGGGGGUUGUAGGAAGGCUGUUCCCUGGUGCCCCCCCCCCCUUGUCUCUUGAGCAGCAAGAUGGUGCUGGUGUCCGCAUAGCAAUGUGGUCAGCAGUUCGUAGCCAGAAGCCCCCUGGGGCCUUAGCCCCUCACCACGGGGGGUGGGGGUGGGGGGGGAGGGCUUAGCCUCCCAUUAGUGCUCUUGAAAGGAGAAGGGAGAAGGGCUGCCAAGUUCUUUGCAGCCUCAGCCUUCUUUCCCCAUGUCAGCCUUCAUUGCUCAGUGUUGAUUUUUCUUCUUUGAAAGGCCUCAGGCAGAUACUUUUGAAAUGUGCCCCAAACAAGCUUUGAAUCAGAAUAUGUUACGGAAAGGCCAGUGUGCAUGUUCUGUGCAUUCCGUUCAAAGCUUUAAUGGUCCGUUGUAGUGCUGCCUGGCUGGGGAAAGCAGAGCCUGUGCAGCGUGAACCCAGCCACGGGUUUUUAGAUUUUGUAUUGUGCCUGGAAAGGCAACACUAGCGGCUGCUCCCUGGCUGUGCAAUUUUGCUUCUGUAACAUCCCUUUUGUGAAAGAUGCAUGGACUCCAGCGCAGCCUGCCGGCACCUGGUUGCUGUUUCCAGCACAGGCUGUUCCUGCCCUCUAGGGACGGAACCCUGUCCACGCCCACAGCACCUUCAAACAGUGUUACGUGUACCAAGAACUUGCUGGUUCUUUAUCUUUUCUUUCUGUUCCUCUUAAUAAAUGAUUUUUA